AUGAUUUUCUCUCUGUUUGUUUCAGAAAGUGUCUCUAAGGGAAUUCCAGUUGAAAAAUUACUGGAUGGCAUACGAGAUUCUCAAUCACCUAAGGAUCAUUUUCAACUGCAUCUUCUAAAAAAGAAGGAUUUCCGGAGUAUCAAUAAUGCUUAUAAUUGUGAAGAAUAUAAUAAUGGAUUAAGUGAUGCUGAAAGUGUUGAUCAUUGGGUUCGUCUUUGUUGCCAGAUGGAGAAUUCACCCAUUCUUGCCUAUAGACAGGAGGAUUUUGUAAAUGAAGAUGGAAGGCAGGAUGAAUUUUUGUUGAUUAUAAUGACUGAAUUCCAAAAACAUAUACUCCUUACUUCAAACAAAGAAGUAGUCUGUGUGGAUUCUUUGUUUCGAAAAAAAGGUAGUCGUUUUUACCUCACUGUGCUUUUUAUAAUGGAUGAGCAUGAUCUUGCUUUUCCAGUUGCAUUUUGCAUCAGCAGUAAAGUUGAUAGAUAUGUAAUAACUAAGUUCUUUGAGGCAAUUAAGCAAUCUACUGGACCUUUAUCUGCAACUUACUUUAUGUCUGAUAGUUUAUCAUUGUACUACGAUGCAUGGAGAGAAAUAAUGAAUGAUGAAGCAAAGUGGCUGUGGAGUAUGUGGUAUGUGGAUAGUAGAAUCAGGGUACAAAUGAGAAUCUUUAAAGGUAAUACUGCAAAAAGAGCUGAUGUGUAUAAAACUAUGAGAACCCUUCUUGAAUGUCAAAAUGAAACAGUAUUUUGUGUUAUGUUUGAAAAUUUUCUGGAAAAUCUCUUGAAUGAUCCCCAAAGUAGAGAAUUAGGUAUUUUUAUUAAACAGCAUUAUGGAUGCAAUCAAGAGAUGUGGGCCUAUUGCUAUCGCAAAGAUAUAAAUUUGAGUACAAAUAUUCAUUUGGAAAUCAUGCAUCGCACUUUCCGAUAUUGCUGCCGAGAAGGAAGAAAAAAGAGAUUAGAUAAAUUUAUAUUUGUUUUGAUGAAAUUAGUUCGAGAUAAAGUGCUGGAUCGUCUUUCAAACUCAGUUGAUGAAGAAAAACUCAAUUUAGCUCAUGAGAGUAUAAAUGCUUGUCACAGUUUAGGUUUGGAAAUACCUGCUGAUGAAAUAUCUGCCCUUUCAGAAAAAAUAUGGUUAAUUCGAUCAGACGAAGAGAAUUUUUAUGUAAGUCGGGAACUGAUGACCUGCCCAGAACAUUGUAAUUUGAAAUGUGAAGAAUGUGAUAUUUGUGUACAUAUGUUCACUUGUAAUUGCAUUCAUAACUUAAUAAAUGCCAAUCUCUGCCCACAUAUUCAUGCUGUUGUUUGGAACUUUUUGACGCCACAUUUUACCCAUUCUGUUUCAGACCAAGGUACCGUGGAUGAAUCUGUUGAUGACAAUGUGAUAAUAAAUACAAAGGACAGUUCUGAACUUUUUUCAAGUGUCCUUAAGAAAACUCAUGAUUUAUAUAAAAAUAUUCAAUCUAAUAAAUGCAAUUUGAAUAAAGAAUCAUUGAAUGCUCUUCUUAAAAGACUAAAUGAAUGUAUUGAUGUAUGUAAUGGUAAAGUGCCUGAUACCUCACGGCAGGCAGAAAAAAUUGAAAGGUCAACUCCAAGUUCAACAGUUCUGUAUGUGAAAAAUAAUGUAUCACAACCUUUAAUAUUACCAAACCAUUUUCCAAAUGCUUUGCCACAGACUACGCCACUUUCUCAGUAUGUAAUUCUUCUUCCAAGUAGUAAAUAAUGUUGCCUGAGUUAAAUUCUUACAUGUAUGCAUUUUAAUGCUAUAAUUUAGCAUUGAAGUACUGUAAAAUGUUUUCAUUUAUGCACUGUACAACAUCAAAUUGAAGAACCAGAUAUUUUGUAUUGAAUCCCCCCCCAAUAAAUGUAUUAUAAUACGGUUAUAAAGAAAAUUCUAUUUUUAAAAAAAGUUUGUAUUAUAUAUAUGUAAUGAAUAAAAUAUUUUCAUGAAGUACAAAA